UUGGCCAACUUCCCAUCUCUCUCUCCGCCCCAUCUUUUCCACGUUUUGGCUUUCUUGCAUGCUUGUUGACAUGUCUUUGAUGAGGUUCUCUUUCAGUGUGUCAAACAUGCUGGCUGACCAAGAGUUGAAAAGCAUGGAGGGAUUCAAGAAAGGAUCCAAUUACAUUGAGGUUAAGGUUGGCUGCACAAGCAAGAAAUAUGGUGAUACCGUAGGGAAGCUUAGGGUUUUCUCUAAUGGCCGAUUUCUCAUAUCCUGUGAAUGCACACCGACUUGUGGAGAAGACAAACUGAGUCCCUAUGACUUCGGAAAGCAUUCUGGAAAAGAAGGAACAAGGAAAUGGAAGAACCAGAUUUGGGUGGUCCGGAACGACAAGAAGGUUCCUUGCAGAACUGUUCUCCUGAAAUAUUACAAGCAUGCUUCAAAUGGAGCAAGUGGGUUGCAACCUAAGCGCCUUUGUCAUCGCGAUGAGUUCAUUAGUUGCUCAAAGUGUAAGAAAGAACGCAGGUUUCGUCUCCGGACUAAAGAGGAAUGCAGGAAUUACCAUGAUGCUUUGAUUACCAGAAGGUGGAGUUGUGAGAACUGGCCAUAUGACAAGAUCAACUGCCAAACUGUGGAAGAGCGGGCAGGUCGGAAACGCAGCAGAGGCUGCCCUCAAUCUCCAAUCUGCCAAGGUUGCACUACUUGUGUGUGUUUCGGGUGCCUAAGCUGCCGCUUUCUGGAUUGCAAGUGCCGCACUUGCGUUGAUUUCAUGAAAAAUGCAGAGCCUUGAGCUUGGAAAACAUCCUUUCAUGCUUUUAUCAAACUUUCAUUUCAGAAGCAGCAAAGGCAAAAAAGACUAUUUAGAGUUCUUUGAAGUUCUAUUGGGAUGUUUGUUUUAGGAUUAUAAUGACUUUGCUGUUCUAAA